AUGGAGGACGUCGCGAUGGACCUGGGCGAUGACGCUUCGCAGGAAUCGGAGCUGAGCUCGUCUUCUGAGGACGAGUCGCAGUCGAUCCCGCAAGGUGUGACCGGUCCCCAGGCGAGCGUAGACGACGAGACUGGCCGGGGCGAUGUCGAAGGACGGAGCAAAAGAGCCGCUGCAGGCAGGGCCAGCCUAGUGUGGCAGAACUUGGGCGGGCGCAAGAGUCUCACCGACGACAGUGGCGAUGUAGUGAAGGAGAAACCGAAGAAGAAGGUGGAGGACGGCGUCAAGCGGCCGAGGGGAAGACCAAGAAAGGAUGGAAGGCCACCAAUACAGCGAAAGCUUGGUGAGACUGAUACGGAGGUCUCCACGUCGCCGACGUCAGAGAUAGCGCCAAAGCCAAAAAGAAGGAUCAGGGAGAAGCCGCUGCCGGUUCGGCGCCAAGGGCAUUCCGCCGAACAUGAAGCUGGUCCUUCAACGCCCCGCUCGACCUCGAUCAGAUCCGCAACGCCAACGACAGGGCCCACAAGGAAGAGGACAAAGAUCUUAGAAGAACACGAGCAGGAAGCGAAGCAAGAGCUGAAGCCAAGCUCGAGCGGAAGAUUGCGAAAGGCGCCAGCGCUCGAUCCGGUGGUCCUCAUGAGACCAUCUCCGCCUGUUUCGACCGUCUCGUCUCCUUCCUCGUCAAAGAGGCCUUCGGCAGGCAACUGUGACAAUUCUAUCAAUGCAAAAGAUAGGACGGCAGCUUCUCCUGUGGUUCCGUCAUCAGUAGCUUCCACGACGACGUCAAGGCACGCAGACAUUGUGUCAAAGCCGAAACGUAAUGGAGUGGCCACAACUCCGAAAGGGUCGAAGGCUGUGGAAAAGACAACACCCAAGCGCAGGAUCGUACCUCAGUCCACGAGACCAAGCGCCAAACGCAUCGUGGACUCCGAGGCUGUCAAUGCCAUCGGCCCUUCGUCGCCAUCGGUGCGCGUCAAUGGCGGGACGGCCCUUACGAUGUCGUCGCUUAUCAAGCCAACGUCGUCGGAUGCUUAUUUUGUCGCCCAUGCAUCACGAAGUCGAGGAAAGAGAGCUAGUCAGAUGACUUCGGACCAUAUCCUCUCGGAGUCGUUCCAUCCCAUCCCGACCAGAACCAUAACAGCACUGAACAAACAGAUCAAAAGCCUGGUGAAUGCCAACGAAGACGAUGGCGAGAGCCUUGACAGUACGGCAGCGAUGCGUACACAUGCGCACUUUCGGCCCUUAUACGACCGGUGGACCACUUUGAUGCUUCACACCAACCGUCCGCUUCUCUUCCACGGCUUAGGUUCUAAGAAAGCCCACCUGGAGGACUAUGUCAGUCAUCUCUCCAGCAAGGGCACAGGUGCCUCUUUGAUCGUGCGAGGAGAAGGUGGUGCAAGGAUCGAUGAUGUGGUGCGUGAGAUCGAGCGAGGGCUUGGGCAACCGUCCACGAGCAUAGAGGAAGAGGAUCGUCAACGCCCACUGUUCGCCUCUGCUCUUGAAGCGAGAGCCUUGCGCAUUGCAUCGAGGCUCUCCCAACGCGAUGGCCGCCUUCCACCGCGCCUUUUCGUCCUCCUUCACAAUUUCUCGACGCCUGCCUUGCAGCAGCCGCGAGCAAUGCGAAUAUUCUCGAUGCUGCAGUCCAGCCCCAAGAUUCACUUCCUCGCCAGCGUCGCCCAUGUUCAAGCGGGUCAUCUCGGUGGUCUAGGCCCCUCGAGUCUCUCUUUCAACGACACUCUUGACCAGAGGAGCUUUGGGGUUUUCGACGAUGAUGGGCCAUCAACGAUGAAUUGGCUCUGGAUCGAUAUGACGACAUUCGUCCCCUCUCUUGAUGAGAUUCUCACCCAGCGCACCGCAUCCACGGCGAAUGGUCUCCAUGGUCAGUCCUCAGCCUCAUCUGCUUCCCGCAUUGCAGGCCUUCCCAAGGUUCUCGAUCUCCAAUCGAGCGGCCUCGAUCUCGGCCCAUCGUCCUCUGUGAUGCCGUCCGAGCUCGCAAAUGGGGCAGCGGCAAACGGCGUGGACAGCUCCCACGACUUGUCCGAUCGCGCCGCGCUGCACAUUCUCCGCUCCGUGACAUACAAGGCCCGCGCGCUGUUCCUGCUCCUAGCCGACCGCCUCCUGUCGUCUUCGUCGUCGUCGUCAACGAGCGGCACAGCGACCUCGGCGACGAUGUCAUACGCGCAGCUCGCCGAGUUGGCCCGCAGAAACUUCCUCGCGGGCACUCCAGACAUGAUGAGGGUCCUCCUGGUCGAGUUCACCUCGCACGGUCUCGUCCGAGUCGUCGAGGGCGGCCAUUCGCAGUCGCAGGGCGCAGAAGACGAAGGAAUCGUCCUGGGUCAAGGCCUCGCCAACGUCUCGGAUAGCUCGACUGUCUCUAUUGCACUGGAUCCAAGAGCCCUCAGGAGAGUUGUUGAUGAGAUUAAGCCGAAGCUGUAAAAAUG